GGUACCAAAGUCAGCCAUGAUUGUUACCAAAAGGUACCAUUGAUCAGGAAAAUUUAUCAUUUUCAGUUCGUAGUUUUGAAUCGUUAGACAGUUACUGGUGAUAUUAAUUGCCGUAUUUCUUGGUCCUCUACUUAUAACUGGUAAGGCUGUAGAGAGUUUUCGAUUUGUUAGCAACCCAAAUUCUGUUGUCUGUUCGUUCUGUUGAAAUAACAGCCUUACGUAAACUUUACCUUGGAGGUAAACUAAGCUCAAAUAGUUUUAAAGAGUAAUGCCAGCCUUCUACUGUAGAUGCGGUUUACAAGGAAAUCGUAGUUUUAAGAAACUAAUCGUGAUUGUUUUGUUAUUAUUCAGAACCAGAAGAUAAAGCUUGAGGUGUAGCUUCCUGUCUCAGUGGGCUGCCACAGCACUGCUCAAAAUUUGCAAACCGGAAAUUUUCCAAUUCUCUUCAUUUUUCGGGAACGGUCUACGCUGUUAACAAUCAUCUGACAAUUUUUUCUACGAAACUAGGAAGUUACCGUGAUUGAAAGGUACAGUAUUAGAAGCAUUGCAAUUGUGUCAUGAUUAACUUAAUAACGAAGUAAUAUGUUGCUUUGCCAGCAUUAGGUUACUAAUAAAACAAAGAAUUCUCUGCAAGAUUCUUUUACCUAAGGUGACUGUCAAUUUCAAGGAUCCUGAUCCACCCCCCGCCCCCACCCCCCUCACUCUCACCACACUCACACACACACUUAAAAUACCCUGCAUGCCCCUGGCAUUUGACCUAAGGUUAGCUCUGUACAGUGGGGUGAAUUUGACACAGAAAGAGUGCUACAUAUGUACAUGUAUGAAAUGAAGGCAGUGUUCACUGGUUUUACUUGUGUGACAUUACUUUCAGAAAAUAAUUAUCUCCCCUUCCUCCAAAAAAGAUAAAAAAUUUCAGGGGGGAGGUUCAAAAAUAAUAAUUGUAAUGUAUGAAGCUACUUUGGAAUUUGCACAGCAAAAGAGGAUCAGAGAACUAAGCCUUAUGUUGAUCUUAGUAUCAAUGAUAAUUAUUGGGACAUUCGUUGUCCUGACAGCCAACAGUCAUAGUGAGGAAUUUGGCAAAAAUUGUUCAAGAAAGUAAAGUGCCCAGGGUUGGUCUGGGAUGAGAGUUACAAUUGGGGCUUUUUUUUGGAAAUAUUGACUGAUACAUUCAAUUACAAAAAAAACAAAGAAAACAACUGACAACUCUGUGGCUUAGACAUAGCACAUUGUACAUCCUGGACAUCAGGGGUGCUUACCAUCUGACAGAAAAUUUCGGAAAUUCCAGAUGGAAGGUAAAUGGUAAGGUCACUUUUCGGAAAUUCCAACCGAAAAUUGAGGAGUACGUUUUGAGGUAGUCCGCUCAUUCCAGUUCGUGCAAACGAAAUGGAAUGUUGCUUACCAUUAACCAAUUUCUCGGUUCCUUCUCAGUUCCAGACUCACGCUACACAAAUUCGCCCUUUUUUUGGAUUCAAACCGUGACGGAUGUAGCAAUUCUGCGGUAAACUGGUAUAUCGCUUACCAUUAUGCUUUCGACUCCCCGAACGGAUUUUUCUUUCAAAUGGUAUUAAGCACCCCUGUUUUGUUGGUUUCAUUUAAUAUAUUAACUUGUUACUCCUUGUUAUUUCGUCAGUGUGGAAUGGCAGAGAAAGAGGUCAAGGCAGGGUUUAGUCACAGCCAUAACUUAGAGCAGUAUGUUUUGCUUGCCAAGUCAGCACGAGGAGCUGGACUUGUUGCCCUUAUAAAUCAAGCAUUAGAGGCUCCUGGAGUGUUUGUUUUUGGGGAACUUUUGGAAAUGCCUUCUGUGAAAGAGGUAUGCCAUGUGACAUUGCCUCUGAAAAUCUAUUAUGUAAAGGUAUAAUAUUAGUGACGGGAUGUUAAAGUGCGAGUUCUGUAACUGGAGCCACCUAGACAUAGUUGACCAAUCACACUACCUGACAGUGUGUUAAAUGGGGCAUUCAAAAAUAGCAAACACUCAUUAAUUUAUCGUCUUGGUGAUGUCUUCUAUAACAGGAGUUGACUGAUUGUGAAACAAAAUUUAAGUUGUAUAUGUUUUGUAUGGUAAUAAGUACAUACAUGUAUUUUCAUUUAUGGUAUUAGUUGGAGAAUUCAGAAAAUGCAGCAUACUGGAAACUUUUAAACAUCUUUGCAUUUGGAACAUAUGGAGAAUACAAAGGUACAAUAUGAAUGGUUUCAUGCUUGAUUUUUUUUUUUUGAAUCAUUUCUCUCACAGCAGAAGUAUAGAAAUUUUGUUGAUGAUGACUGUUUUAUAUUUUUCAGCAAAUUCCAGCUCCCUACCUGCCCUUACGGCUCAACAACUAAAGAAACUGCGUCAUUUAACAAUAGUAUCAUUAGCUGCUAAGUCAAAGGUAAGUGAAAGGAGCUUACAAUCAUUGGUUGAGACAACAAAUAUAAUUGUAGGAAAAUAGAUUUAGCAGUCAUGAAACCUGAGCUUAUUCCUGUUUUUAGAGACAUGAAACACCUACAUUGUAGUACACCUGUA